ACACGCAGAGCCGGUGUUUGUGAUGGGAGUCAGCUAACUAGGAAGGGCGACUAUACCUUUAAGUAAAAGAAAACGAAACAAGAAGCAAUCAGCGUUACCGCCUGGUCGCUUUGCUGGUGUACUGGGUUUACAGGGAAUUUCGAUAUGAUAUUUGUUAAACUAAUUCUAAUUCUUUGCUUCCUACAAGAUAUUACAGGUCAGUUUGAGAACCACUUGAACAAAUAUAUUCGCCAUUAUGAAGGUCUGUCAUAUGACACAGAAGCCCUGCACAACAGUCACCAGAGAGCCAAGAGGGCCCUCUCUCCUCAAGACAGGACUGUGCACCUGGACUUCCACGCACAUGGAAGACAUUUUAACUUGCGGAUGAAGAGGGAUACAACUUUAUUUUCUCCGGAUCUCAUCAUUGAGAUAUCAGGAGAGGAGGCACCUAUUGAUACAUCGCAUAUUUAUAGUGGAGAGAUCUUUGGUGAAAAGGGCACACUGACCCAUGGCUCUGUGGUCAAUGGACGCUUUGAGGGCUUCAUUAAAACCUACCAAGGAACUUACUAUGUUGAACCCUCAGAGCGGUACCUACAGGACAAGGAUGUGCCCUUCCACUCUGUCAUCUAUCAUGAGGAUGAUAUCAAUUACCCUCAUAAGUAUGGCUCAGAGGGCGGCUGCGCUGACCACUCAGUGUUUGAGAGGAUGAGGAAGUACCAGGCAUCAGCAGCAGAAGAGCCAGCCAAAGGGGUGAGCAUUGUGUUGGAUGAGGAGAACUCCCAUGGUCCUGUCAUUCUGAGGAGGAAGAGGGCAGCUGGGAAAGAGAAGAACACCUGCCAGCUCUUCAUCCAGACUGACCACCUGUUCUUCAAACACUACGGCACAAGAGAGGCUGUCAUUGCCCAGAUUUCCAGCCAUGUAAAGGCUAUCGACUCCAUUUACCAGGCCACAGACUUCAUGGGCAUCCGAAACAUCAGCUUCAUGGUUAAAAGGAUCAGGAUAAAUACCACUGACGAUGAAAAGGACAAAAGCAAUCCUUUUCGCUUUGCCAACAUCGGAGUGGAGAAGUUUUUAGAGCUUAACUCUGAACAGAACCAUGAUGACUACUGCCUGGCCUACGUCUUCACUGAUAGGGACUUUGAUGAUGGUGUACUUGGCUUGGCUUGGGUUGGGGCUCCCUCAGGAAGCUCUGGAGGCAUCUGUGAAAAGAGCAAACUGUACUCUGAUGGAAAGAAGAAGUCUCUGAACACUGGUAUCAUCACUGUGCAGAACUACGCCUCCCAUGUCCCUCCCAAGGUGUCACACAUCACCUUUGCUCAUGAGGUCGGGCACAACUUUGGCUCUCCUCAUGACUCUGGGAUUGAAUGCACCCCUGGAGAGUCUAAAACACCGGACAAAAAGGAACAGGGCAACUACAUCAUGUACGCCAGAGCCACAUCUGGGGACAAGCUCAACAAUAACAAGUUCUCUAUCUGCAGCAUCCGCAAUAUUAGCGCGGUUCUGACAAAGAAGAGGGACGACUGUUUUGUUGAGUCUGGCCAGCCUAUCUGUGGUAAUGGAUUAGUGGAAGCUGGAGAAGAGUGUGACUGUGGCUACAGUGAUCAGUGUAUGGACGCCUGCUGCUACAGUGCCAAUGAAGUGGAGGGCAAAAAGUGCAAACUCAAACCUGGCAAAAGUUGCAGUCCCAGCCAAGGCCCAUGUUGCACACCAGGGUGUACUUUCAAGGGCUCAGAUGAGCAGUGCAGACCGGACUCCGAGUGUGCCCAUGAGGGCACAUGCAAUGGAGCCACUGCUCUGUGUCCUGCCUCAGCACCAAAGGAAAACUACACCUCUUGCCAUUCAGAAACACAAGUCUGCAUCAAUGGGGUCUGCUCUGGUUCCAUUUGUGCAAAGUAUUCUCUUGAGGUAUGCACCUGCGCCAGCCAAGAUGACAAAGAUGAGGCCGCUGAGCUGUGCCAUGUGUGCUGCAUGGAAAAAAUGAACCCCAGCACCUGCAGCAGCACAGGUUCAGCGAAAUGGGCCAAAUUCUUCAACGAGAAGGUCACAACGCUGCAGCCCGGCUCACCCUGCAAUGACUUUAAGGGCUACUGUGAUGUGUUCAUGAGGUGUCGUCUGGUGGACGCCGAUGGGCCUCUGGCAAGGCUGAAGAAAGCCAUCUUCAAUGCAGAGCUCUAUGAAAAUAUUGCAGAGUGGAUAGUGGAUCACUGGUGGGCAGUGCUGUUGAUGGGCAUUGCUCUUAUUAUGCUAAUGGCGGGCUUCAUUAAGAUCUGCAGCGUCCACACCCCCAGCAGCAACCCCAAACUGCCCCCACCAAAGCCACUUCCAGGUACACUGAAACGGAGAAGACAGCAGCAGGCAAACCAACAGUCACAGGGCCAGCAACAGCAACGCCAGUACAGAGAGAACUAUCAAAUGGGACAGAUGAGACGCUGAGACACUCGUCUGCUCUUUGCCUUGGUUCUUCCUAGUGCCUACAGUGGGAGCACUUCUCCAAAGAGUUACCUUUAUUACCACAUAUUGCAAAAUUCAAAGAACUUGCAACUGAAACAAUUUCACUGGACAAAGCCUGGAGGUUGUUUUAGGCCUAACAAACUCACUCAGCACCUCUGCUCUAAGAGCCAGAUUAGCAGUGGUUCACACAGCUUUUAUAGGAAAUAAAUAGUUUUUCCAACGAGGAACAGUAGGAGAAAUUCACUGAUCUCUGUUAUGUGGUCUUAAUCUUUUUUUGUUUUCUUUGAAUGCUUUUUUUUCUAUUCAAAGUACAGAGGAGAGAGAAGCAGCUUUGUGUUACAAUUGCCUUCCUCUGUCCUCCAUCUGCGCAACCUUUUUAUUUCCUGUUCUUCCUCCUCUCUGAAGUGCUGCCAUCAUCAGCACAAUUGCAGGACUGCAAUUCACGUGAGGUUUUGCUGCCAAUCAAAAAACAACAGACACUGUCCUUGGAGAAAACUCUUUUUUUUGCCAAUUUAAUUCGAUUGUUUUAAAUCAAAACACCAUCAAACCUGAAGUUUUUUUUAUUUCUAAAUCUUAUAUGUUCUUUCAGUGUGCAAUUGUACAGAUUUUGCAUUAGAUUUUUUUCUGCUUCAAAUGAAAUAGAUUUUUCUGUAUGAUGAAGAUUAUUUACUGUUCACUUUCUCAGGAUUAAUAAAACAACAGCAAACAGGAGUAUUGGGUGGAAAAAAUGGCUGCAUGUGUAUUUCAGGGUAAAGUCCCUCCUGGCUGAUGCGUGUAGAGAAAGGUUCACGUUAGCUGCUGUGGGAUGUCGAGCGCAGAUUGUAUGAAGAGAAUGUAGAUAAAUGAACUUAAUCAGAUUAUAAUAUUAUCUAUUAUUAGAUGGAGGGCUAUGGAGGGGAGAUUGAUUUUCUGGAUAUAUAUAUAUUUCCUGUCAUGAUAUGAUUUUGCAGCUGCGUUUACAUAUUGGUCUAAAGUCUGGGGCUGAAAUAAACAGUAAGAGAAUAGCUUUUUAUAAACCUGAUUGUAUCACACUUUUGAAUUUCACACACUUGCAGUUGUUAGAGGAAAUGACAAAAUCUGUUAAAACCACUCAAAUGCAGUUAGACCCUCUUGGCCUCUGGAGCCAGAUGAAUGAACACGUCUGGUUUAAAUGUGAUUGUGGAUUUUGCUUUUAUUGAUUUUACUUGCAGUUCAGAUUAUUUGUAUAUUUUGAAGAUUGAAUGAUCUAGGGGAAACUAAAGAUUCUAAUUUUAUUGUUGCGUUGUUGCUGCUGUUAACAGACAUUUACCCGAGCGAACAAUCACUAUGCGUCAGCCAUCCACUGCUCUUCUGUUCUGUCCUUUCUUUUCCUACUGAUGGGGGCUUUCUCCAGGAACUUGCCUAGCCUUGUAACACCAUGUUGAUUUGUGUUUUUGCAUUAAAAAUGUGCCUACUCAUAACAGUGUGACGGAAAUUGGUGUACUAGUGUCAGUGAUCUUUAACUAGGCUGAAACAAUGCAUGAGGUGGCAGCGUUAGCAGUCUGGAGAUGAUGUGACUUGGGGCUUGGCAGUGUAUGAUAAUCAUAUGAAAUGUAAGGGCUGAUUGACAUAUGCACUGUAUACUGUAUCACAAUACACACAUUUUCAUAUUAUAUUCCAUAAUUUGUUUCCAGAUUUUUUGAGAGAUUGUAAUUAGUAUUUACUUUCUAUGAUUUUAUAUGACUGUCCAGCUCUGCUUUGGCCUACUUUGACUUUUCACUUAAAUCAAGGUCAACGUCCCUGACAGAUGGAUGAGAGUGCAGAAUACCAAGAGUUUCUGGCCAACAAAGAAAUAUAUAUGUAUAGUUUUUUAGAGUUAUUUUGGGAGGUAACAACUUGAUAAAGCAAAGACAGACUAGAUGGAUAGAUUUUUUUCCUUGCCCUUGCAAAAGAGUUGUGUGUGAGCACAGCUGCAGCUCAGCAGUGUUUUUGUGCACAAGGUGUAAGGAUGACGAUCGGAUAGAUUCUAUGCAGAGUAUCACAGCACUCAACAGCAAACGAGUUAACCUCCUCACAGUGAAAUGCCUUCAUUGUUUUCUCCUAAAUGGGUACAUAGGAAAUUCUAUUGUGUUUUUUCAUAACAGUUAUUCGUGUCUGUGCUACCAGAACGUUUCUGAACAAUCCUCUGUUGCUUGUGUUGCUGAUUUUGUUUGUCUUUUUGGUGCUACUGGUAGUGCUUUCGCUUCUCUUUCAUCCUCUUGUGCAAAUUUGAAAGCUUGUGCGUGCGUGCGUGCGUGCUGAAUAUUUGUUAUCUUUUUGUUGCUAUAGUAUGAUGUGGAUAAUGGUGAGUGUUUAGCAUUAAUAUUCUCUGGGAUGAGUUUCUUUCUUUCAUGUUUCUGUGAUGUUGAGAAAAUGUGCACUGAGGUUUAAGUGAUGUGAACUGCGAAUCCAAAAUGACAGAUUCAGUACUGCUGUCUGAUUUUAAUGUCUCCUCUGUGUCUUUUUGUUUUUGUUUACUUUUUUUUGUUCCGUUUCCCACUAUGCUUACUUUGGAAAUUUUACAAAAUUUGCAAAGGUAUUGUGCAAAUAUAUAAUUUCUAUUGAACUACUUGAAAUAUAUUAAUAAAUAAGAAUUGAUCAAA